UGAAAUCUUGACGAUGUUGAGAAGGAGAUGAAAAGCCGUAUUGAUCGUAGAAAGGAAAUCAUACAUGAAACAGAGGCAGCUAAGAAAGAAGGGAGCCAAAUCAGAGCUCCAGUCAUAACUUGGCUUGAGGAUGUCGAAAUGCUUCAGCCUAGAGUCAAUCGGAUUCAUGAAAAUCAGCCUUCUACAUGUUUCUUAAAUUUCAGUAAGCGGUACAAAGGUAGCAGGGAAGUUGAGGAAAUACUAGAUAACAUCAAAAGGCUUCUAAAAGCUGGAAAGUUUCCACACGGUCUGGUUUAUCCUACUAGAGUUCCCAGAGCGGUGGAGCAUAUUCCUGGACCUUCAAUUCAGGAUCAAACAACAGCAUCAAAAGUUUUAGAAAAAACUAUGAGGCUAUUGUCUGAUGAUAGAUUUCAGAGGAUUGGUAUUUGGGGACUGGGAGGAGUAGGCAAGACUACUAUGGUAAUAACUCUCAACAAUGAGCUCAAGAGUACUACAAGGAACAUUUUUGGCGUCAUCAUUUGGGUUUCCGUUUCCAAGAAUUUGGACAUGAAACAGGUACAAACACAAAUAGCUCUGAGAUUGAAUUUGGAGAUGAAAAUGGAAGAAAGCGUGGAGAGAAUGGCCAUUAGACUUCAUCAAAGACUUACGAAUGAGGAAAAAUAUCUACUCAUUCUAGAUGAUGUUUGGCAGAAACUUGAUUUGGACAGUCUGGGUGUUCCACAGCCUGAUGUUCAUAAAGGUUCUAAAAUCAUAUUGACAACUCGGUUUAUGGAAGUUUGUAGGAAAAUGAUGACCGAUGUGGAAGUUAAAGUUGAUGUUUUAAAUGAUGAAGAAGCUUGGCAAUUGUUCAGUCAAAAGGCAGGAGAUGUGGCUCAUUUGGAAGGAAUUAAACCAUUUGCAGAAGCAAUUGCAAGAGAAUGUUGCGGAUUACCUCUGGCCAUCAUCAUAGUGGGAGCUGCUAUGAGAAGAAAGACAAAGGUUGAGUUAUGGGAAGAUGCCUUAAAAGAGUUGCAAAGGUCAGUGCCUUCUGUAGAAGGCAUUGAGUAUGAGGUCUAUAAGCCUUUGAAGUGGAGUUACGACUCAUUACAAGGUAAAAACACAAAAUCUUGUUUCCUAUACUGCUCUUUCUUUCCUGAGGACUUCUCAAUUGAAGUCAGUGAACUAGUACUGCAUUGGCGAGCAGAAGGUUUGAUAGAUGAACAGCAGAACUAUGUUGAUUCAGUCAAUAGAGAAAUAGCUUUAAUUGAAAAUCUAAAGGACUCUCGUUUGUUGGAAGAUGGUUCCAAAAAGGGCACCGUAAAGAUGCAUGAUGUUGUUCGUGAUGUUGCUAUAUGGAUCACAUCAUCAUCUGAGGAUGGAUGUAAAUCCCUUGUUCGCUCAGAGUUUUGCUUGAGUGAGAUUUCAGUUGGGGAGUUUUCAAAUUCUCUCAAAAGAGUUUCUUUCAUGAAUAGCCAUAUAGAAAGUCUACCUAAUUGCUUGAUACAAUGUCUAGAGGUCUCAACACUGCUACUACAAGGCAGUUGCCGCUUUGAAAAAGUUCCUUAUAGAUUCCUACUAGGAUUUGAAGCACUCAAGGUCUUGAAUCUCAGUCGAACCAACAUCCAUUCAUUGCCUGAUUCUUUACUUCAACUUGGUGACCUCUGUGCUCUUUUUUUAAGGCAUUGCAAAUAUAUUGAAGUAGUACCCAUACUGGGAAGUCUCAGAAAACUUCAAAUUCUUGAUCUUUGUGAAGGUUUCUUAAAGGCAUUGUUAUGUCUGGAAUUUCCAUGCACACGAAGUAGUCUGUUUCAAUAA